AGCACGAAAAUGGUUUCUUGAUCCCCAAAUCCAAAUCAAAAGCUUGCCCAGAAAAAGCAGGAAUCUUCUCCCUCACAAUUCCCAACACCCACUUGUCGUAAAACCCCUCUUCUGAUUUACAGUGGCAGUAUUUCUUCUUCUUGCCCAAUUGUCCUUCAGUAAAAUUCCCAAUAUUUUAAAUCCCAUUUUUGACCCUUUUCCCGAUUGAUUCCGGGCAUCCGAAUCCCUUGUCGUUUAUAGCAGAAUGCUCCAAACGUGAAACUCCAACUCAAAACCAAGAAAAUGAUUGUUCCCACCUCACUCAUGUCCCCCUCUUGCAUCGACUCAAGUUUUCCCCCCUUUCAUUGAGGAAUUUCACCAUACAAUUUCCUUCUGCAGCCCGCCGGCGUUGAUUCAUGGCCUAUCCCCGGCGGCGUAAUCACCACCUCAAUCGGCUAUUCCCUGUUGUCUCCGCCAUUUCCGCCGCCAUAUUUCUCCUCUUUGUUUACAUCUCUUUCCUUGCGCCUUCGCCCGUCGAGAACGAUCACAUCCGCCACACAAGGAUAUCUAAUCCUCUUCAAUACAAGGAUGUUAGCCACGUUGAAGGGAAUGGAGCUGCGCAGACAUUUCACAUUCCGGACAGUGGAGGAGCGCAUGAUGUUGAUCUUUGGAGUACAAAGAAUGCGGAGUUUUUCUACGGCUGCAGCAAUGCCACUGCAAAAUUUGCAAAAGCUGCUGCUGUAAUACGGUCUAAUCGUUACUUGGCUAUUGCAACCAGUGGAGGUCUAAACCAGCAAAGAACCGGGAUCACAGAUGCAGUUGUUGCUGCGCGGAUCUUGAAUGCCACCCUUGUUGUCCCAAAGUUGGACCAGAAGUCUUUCUGGAAGGAUGUUAGCAACUUUUCAGAGAUCUUCGAUGUCGCUUGGUUUAUAUCAUAUCUCGAAAAAGAUGUAAAAGUCAUUAAGGAACUCCCACAAAGAAGAGGUCAGCCGUGGAAUCCUUAUACGAUGCGUGUUCCCAGAAAAUGCAAUGAACAUUGCUAUAUAAGUCGGUUAUUACCUGUACUGACAAAGAAGCGUGCUGUUCAGUUGACCAAAUUUGACUAUAGACUUUCUAAUAAACUGGACCUAGAUCUGCAAAGGCUUAGAUGCAGAGUUAACUAUCAUGCCCUGAGGUUCACCAAGCCGAUCCUUGAAAUGGGCGCAGAACUGGUGCGAAGAAUGAGGAUGAAGAGCAAGCAUUACAUUGCCCUCCAUUUAAGGUUUGAACCUGACAUGCUUGCAUUCUCAGGAUGUUAUUACGGUGGAGGAGACAAAGAGAGGAAGGAUUUGGCAAAAAUCAGGCGGAGGUGGAAAACUUUGCAUAGUCCUAAUCCAGAGAGAGAGAGAAGGCAGGGAAGGUGCCCUCUUACUCCUGAGGAAGUCGGUCUUCUUCUAAGAGCACUUGGAUACGACAGAGAGACGCAUAUUUUUGUAGCUUCGGGAGAAGUAUAUGGAGGGGAAACAACAUUGGCCCCCUUAAAGGCUCUUUUCCCAAAUUUCUAUUCAAAAGAUAUCCUGGCAAACAAGGAAGAAUUGGAACCCUUUUCUGGGUUUUCUUCUCGAAUGGCUGCUCUAGAUUUUAUAGUUUGUGAUGAGAGUAAUGUAUUUGUCACAAAUAACAACGGGAACAUGGCAAAAAUACUGGCAGGGCGAAGGAGAUAUUUUGGGCACAAGCCUACUAUCCGUCCCAAUUCUAAAAAAUUGUACAGGCUGUUUGACGGGCGAAAUAAUAUGACUUGGGAAGAAUUUUCCACACGUGUUCGUACAUUUCAGAGGGGUUUUAUGGGAGCGCCUAAGGAGAUUAGAGCAGGCAGGGGAGUAUUCCAUGAAAACCCUGCUUCUUGCAUCUGUGAAAAUCCUGAUACAACAAAUGUUGUUUCAGUUAAAAGGCCGGGUAAGGUUUCUUCUCCAGGCAAAAGAGAUGUGAGUUUACUAAACGAUUAUUCUAAUGCGGGCGAUGAUCUAGAAUGGUCUGAACCUGAAGACGAAGAGGAUAUUAAAAGGCAGCAGGGACACAAUGUGUCUGAACCUGAAGACGAAGAGGAUAUUAAAAGUCAGCAGGGACACAAUGUGUAUAAUGAGACAAGCCUGGAGGAUGACAGUUUGUUAUCCGAGGAGCCUGAGUUGGAUUAUUUGCUUUCAGAUUGAAUACAAUUGCUUUUGAAGUUAGAAUUUAAUGGUUGCUAUAACCACUCAUGUUCAUGCAAUGAACUGCCAAAGAGCACAUGGCUGAGCUCAGGCGGCAAGAUCUGAUCUUUGUUCAUGCCGCUGCAAAACUAAUUCUUCAGGUAACUGCUACUUUUCAUAGUCUACAGCUUCAAGAAUUGUAAGAAAUGUUAUCAUUUGAAGAAAAUCGUGCAGUAUCUUGUUGCAUGGUUUGGCAUAUUAGAUCUAGAAUGAUAGUGGAGAACAUAGUUAGGACAACUCGAGAAACAACCAUUUUUGGACAAAUAGUGAGUUCACCAUCGUUCCGAGGCCUGUGCUUACUUCCCUUUUUAUGAUUUACCGAGAUGUUUAAAUAGAUUUGCGCCUGCCUUGUGGAAGUUAAAAAUCCUGUUCUCUCUUGCUGAAGCCGUUCCGGAACCCUCAAGGAUUGUAUGUUAGCAAGAGAAACUAGUUCCUCAAAUUUGGAUUGAAAUGAAUGUACCUGAUAGACAUUGUAAAUUUGUAUGAUUUUUUUUAUUAUGAAAUAUUGGUGACUGCAUAUAGAAA